CAUGGUGAAAUUAGUGGUGCGAAAAAAUUGGUAUUGCCGAAGAGAAAUAAAAAAGUGAGGUACAAAUAAGCUUUCAAGCCAUAGCCAAUAAAUACCCAAUUUGCAGAGACAGUGAAAGAGAUAAAGAGAAAGAGGGAGAGAGAUGCCAUGUUUUGAGGAAGGAGACAUGCAUCAUCUCAACCUUACAUGAUCUGUUUUCCUUUUCUCUCUCCAUCUUCACCAAAUCCAUUGAUUUUCUAGUUUUGGGUCUCUCUAUUUGACUACUUGUACUCUGCUUUCAGAAGAAGAAGAGAAAAAAAGCCAUUUUUAGGUGAUUACCUGAUAGGUUGCUGGAAAAAACAUCUCUUAUCUCAUGAUGGAUCUACUAUGGUCUGAAAGAUUAGCUUAGUGAAAUAUUGUUUCAGACAAUGCAAAAUUUUCAUAGCAAAGAUUCAUUGUCCUUUCCUGCAACUUCUUGGGGAAACUCUGUGUUAAAAAACUCAAAUGUCCAAGGAUCAGCAUCCAUGACCGACAAAAGCAACAACACAUUAAGCAUGAAGAUGGAGAUGAUGUCUACCCAUUUCCCAGGGAUGCAACAAACUGGUUUUCAGUUGCAGGAGCAUGAUUCUUCCUCAACACAAUCCACUCGAGGAGACUCAUCUGGUGAGGUUGCAAGUUUGGGGGAACAUAAUAACAACAAGCGUUAUGGCCACAGUAGUGUAACCCAUCUCUCAGAUGCAGGUUACAAAGAAAACGCAGGGAAUCCUAGUGGAAGUCAUUCAAAGUCAAUCUUGUCGAAGGUCUCUCAAAAUUCAGCGGUUCCUUCUACUAUUGAGGCUUCUUGGCCUCUACAUGGCACUGAAACGCCACAUUACAAUGGUUUCAUGUCUUUUCCGUAUGCAUCACAACACACGGUGCAGCAUCCACAAAUUGGAGGGUUGGUUCCUUGUAGAAUGCUUUUGCCUCACAACACUCAAGAGAACGAACCAAUCUUCGUCAAUGCGAAACAAUACCAAGCCAUUCUACGUCGCAGACAACACCGUGCAAAGCUUGAAGCUCAGAACAAGCUCAUCAAAGUCCGCAAACCAUAUCUUCACGAGUCUCGCCACCUUCACGCUUUAAAGAGAGCUAGAGGCUCUGGUGGGCGAUUCCUCAACACAAAGAAGCUCCAAGAAUCAAAAUCUCCACAAUCUCCUUCAUUCUUGGGCACGCCGCGUUUCUUCAAGAACCCUCAGGGAAAGUUCAGGCAAAGGGAAAUUCCGGGCGUUGGGGUCGGGUCUAGCGGCUCGGCAACAUCUUGUUCGGACUUAACUGGGAACAAUAACGACAUGUUCCAACAAAACCCACAAUUCAGGUUCUCAGGUUAUCCAUCAAACCACCAUGUCUCAGUUCUCAUGUGACACUGUUUCUCCAUCAAAUCAUGACGGGAAGUCAUCCUUGGCUAUUAAUGAUCCAUAAAGAAGUUUCUGUCUUUUUAGUCUGCUUUCUGCAAAUCUCUACUGCAAAAGAAAAAAUAAAAAGUUGAAAUCUUUUAACUAUUAUUGGGGGGUUUUAUGUGAUUGUUUAUGGUUUGUUGCUGUAUUGUUUGUCUACUUGGUUAGAACUUAAUCGUUUUGAUUAAACGAACCCCACAUGGAUUUGUGGUUUAUGUAAAGAUGUGAUUUUUUUUUUUUUUUUACUCUUUAGAGCUCACUUCACCUUCUGCUGCCUA